UAAAACCGUGAAAAAUAUUAAGCACAAUUUUGUUAGAGAAACUACAAUGCAUCCCCUGAAAUCAGGAGCAUGCUAUACAUGAUUCUCCCUAUGGCACAUACAUAAGUGAAAUGUUUCGUAAAUAUUUUCCUUAACAAAUAACUGGUAAAUAUAUACUGAUAAAAGGAAAAGGGCCUUGAAAUGUAAAUAAAAAUCCAACGAGAAAAAAUUAUUUCAUACAAAAGCAUCCAAGGAAACCUUGUAAUUUAUACUAGCUAAGACAUACCUAAAGUUCUCAGCAAGGAGGCAUGUAUUAGGUACUACAAAGACUAGGAAACUACUGUACAACCAAAUAAUAUGAAUGAAUUGUAUACUCUAACACUCUUAUUGACUAGGGAUUAGUGACUGAUAAGAUAAAGCUUAGGCACCCUAAACUCAUCCUAACUAAAUUUUAAUUUUUUUCCUACUAUUUGUGCUCAUUUUCUAAUACACAUGCUUACAAUUUUACAGGCAGAAGAAGAUCAUGAUGGAGAUGAGACAUGGGAUCCAGAUUCUGACAUGGACGUUGAUGGUGAAUGUGAGCUUGUUCCAAGCAAAGUAAAGAAAGAAAUAGUUGAACCACAGCUCAACGGUCUGUUUCAGGAUGACCAGAGAAGAAGUGGGGAACAUUUGAGAGUGUCUGAUACUGCAGUUGCUGAAACUUGCAUGAAGGCUCUAGAUAUUUCUUCUCAGAAAGCUGAUGAAGAUAAUGUGAAAGUUGAACAGAAUACUGUGAAUGAUUUGACCAAAUAGACGGGCCUGAGGUGCUGAGGAACAUAGGUUUUAACUGAUUGGUGAACAGUGAAAUUAAUUUCCAUUCAUGCUGUCGCAUUUCCGAAUUAAUUGAGAUGUGGCUGUUGGUUGGUUUCAUUAUUGUCGUCAUUGUAAACACGCAGUCCCAUUUUCCUAAUGUAAAGGGCAAAUUUAAUUUGAUUUUAUCACAUCCAACUGGUUCUUUUACUGUUACAUUACAUAUUGUAACAGAAUGGUAAUUAGGUAAUUAUGUUCUAUUAUUGAGCUUGA